UCCUUUAGACCAAAAUAGACAGUUGAGGGCAGUGCAGCAGCUGCGAUAAACCAGAAAUGGCUUCCACCGGAGUUCUUCCCUUCAUUAGGGGGGUAGACCUCAGUGGAAACGACUUCAAAGGUGGGUACUUCCCAGAGCAUGUCAAGUGUAUGAGCAGUCUGCGAUGGCUAAAACUGAACAGGACCGGACUGUGCUACCUCCCAGAGGAGCUGGCCUCUCUGCAGAAGCUGGAGCAUAUUUCAGUGAGUCACAACAGCCUGACUACUUUACAUGGAGAACUGUCCAGCUUACCGAACCUACGGGCGGUGGUAGCCAGAGCCAACAACCUGAAAAACUCUGGAGUCCCCGAUGACAUCUUUCAGCUAGAUGACCUCUCUGUGCUGGACCUGAGUUUCAAUCAGCUGACAGAGAUCCCCAGGGACCUGGAGAACAGCAGGAACAUGCUGGUGCUGAAUCUGAGCCACAACAGCAUCGACUCCAUCCCCAACCAGCUGUUCAUCAACCUGACAGACCUGCUGUAUCUGGAUCUGAGUGACAACAAGCUGGACAGCCUGCCACCGCAGAUGAGACGCCUGGUUCACCUGCAGACACUCACACUGAACAACAACCCGUUGAUGCACGCCCAGUUGCGCCAGCUGCCAGCCAUGGUGGCAUUACAGACUCUCCACCUGAGGAACACCCAGAGGACCCAGAGCAACAUGCCCACCAGCUUGGAGGGUCUGACACAUUUAGCAGAUGUUGACCUGUCAUGUAACGACCUGACUCGGGUGCCAGAGUGCCUCUAUUCACUGGGCAGUUUGAAGAGACUCAACCUAAGCAGUAACCAGAUCUCAGAACUGUCCCUCUGCAUUGACCAGUGGACUCAGCUGGAGACGCUUAACCUGAGCCGCAACCAGCUCACCUCAUUGCCCUCUGCAAUCUGUAAGCUGUCCAAACUGAAGAAGCUGUAUGUAAACUCCAACAAACUGGACUUUGAUGGGGUUCCACCAGGCGUGGGCAAACUGUCCAGCCUCACUGAGUUCAUGGCCGCUAACAACAACCUGGAGCUCAUCCCAGAGGGACUAUGCAGGUGUGGCAAGCUGAAGAAGCUGGUGCUGAAUAAAAACCGCCUGGUAACACUGCCUGAGGCCAUCCACUUCUUGACUGACUUAGAGAUGCUGGAUGUGCGUGAGAACCCCAACCUGGUGAUGCCUCCUAAACCAGCCGACACCGCAGCGGAGUGGUACAACAUCGACUUCUCCCUGCAGAACCAGCUCCGGCUGGCCGGGGCCUCGCCUGCUACUGUAGCCGCUGCUGGAGGAGGAGCCAGCCCCCGUGACCCCCUGGCGAGGAAGAUGAGGCUCCGGAGGAGGAAGGACUGUUCUCAGGACGAUCAGGCAAAGCAGGUGCUGAAGGGCAUGAGUGAUGUCGCACACGACAAGAACAACUUGGAGGAGAACGGGGACUUGAAAUAUGCUGAUUUAAAGGUCCGGCGCUGGGACAAGAGUAUAGAGAAACCUCAACUGGACUACUCUGAGUUCUAUACGGAGGAUACAGGGCAGGUUCCAGGUGUAUCAGUGUGGCAGAUAGAGAACUUUGUUCCAAUGCCAGUGGAUGAAACUUUCCAUAGCAAGUUCUAUGAGGCUGAUUGCUACAUCAUCCUCAAGACCUUCCUGGAUGACAACGGCGCGUUGAACUGGCAGAUCUUCUACUGGAUCGGCCAGGAGGCCACUCUGGACAAGAAGGCCGGCUCUGCCAUCCAUGCCGUCAACCUCAGAAAUUUCCUUGGGGCAGAGUGCAGGACAAUACGCGAGGAGAUGGGAGACGAGAGCGAGGAGUUCAGUGCCGUGUUUAACAAUGAGAUCUCCUACAUUGAGGGAGGAACAUCCAGCGGAUUCUACACUGUGGAGGACACAAACUAUCCUGUCAGGUUGUACAGAAUUUAUGGCAAGAAAAACAUCAGACUGGAGUCUGUACCAGUGAAGGCCUCAUCCCUCGACCCUCGGUAUGUCUUCUUGUUGGACACAGGGCCGGAGAUCUUUAUCUGGAGAGGAGCCAACGCUACUCUCAGCGGCACAACAAAGGCCAGGUUAUUUGCUGAAAAGAUCAAUAAAAAUGAGCGUAAGGGGAAGGCGGAGAUCGCAACCGUCAUGCAGAGCCAGGAGCCUCCGGGGCUCUGGGAGGUACUGGGAGGACAACCGGAGGAGAUCAAGAAACACGUACCAGAUGACUUCUCUCCUGUCAGACCUAAACUAUACAAGGUGGGCUUGGGUCUGGGCUACCUGGAGCUGCCACAGAUUAACUACAAGCUGUCAGUCGAACACAAAGACCACAAGGUCAAACUGGACACUUUGCCCGAGAUGAGACUGGUGCAGUCUCUGCUGGACACAAAGUGCGUGUACAUCCUCGACUGCUGGUCUGACGUGUUCAUCUGGAUCGGGAGGAAGUCCCCACGCCUUGUCCGAGCUGCUGCCUUAAAACUGGGUCAGGAGAUCUGCUCCAUGCUGCACCGGCCCAAACAUGCCUGCGUCACCCGCAACCUGGAGGGCACCGAGUGCCAGGUGUUUAAGUCCAAGUUUAAGAACUGGGAUGAUGUGUUGAAGGUGGACUACACCAGAGCAGCUGAGACUGUACAACAGAAGGACAACCUGCAGGGCAAGGUGAAGAAGGAUGCAGAGCAGAAAGACAAGAUGAAAGCUGACCUCACAGCCCUCUUCCUGCCCAGGCAGCCAGCCAUGCCCCUAACUGAGGCUGAACAAUUGAUGGAUGAGUGGAAUGAGGACCUGGAUGGCAUGGAAGGAUUUGUGUUGGAAGGAAAGAAGUUUGCUCGCCUGCCUGAGGAGGAGUUUGGGCACUUCCACACCCAGGACUGCUAUGUCUUCCUCUGCAGAUACUGGGUACCUGUGGAGUACGAAGAGGAGGAGAAGGAGAAGAAGGAGGGGGGGAGUGGUGAAGGAGGAGAAAAGAGUGCAGCAGCAGAGGAGGAGGAGGACAAACAGCCCGAGGAGGACUUCCAGUGUGUAGUGUACUUCUGGCAGGGCAGGCAGGCCUCCAACAUGGGCUGGCUCACUUUCACCUUCUCCCUGCAGAAGAAGUUUGAGAGUCUUUUCCCUGGAAAACUGAAGGUGGUGCGUAUGACCCAGCAGCAGGAGAACCUCAAGUUCCUCUCCCAUUUCAAGAGGAAGUUCAUCAUCCACAAAGGGAAGAGGAAACAGAAGACUGACUCUGCUCAGCCCUCCCUCUACCACAUACGCACCAAUGGCAGCGCACUUUGCACCAGGACAAUCCAGAUUGGAACAGAUUCUAGCAAUCUCAACUCAGAGUUUUGCUUCAUUCUCAAGGUACCGUUUGAGAGCACAGACAAUCAGGGCAUCGUUUACACCUGGGUGGGCAGAGCUGCUGACCCCGACGAAGCCAAACUGGCCGAGGACAUCAUGAACAACAUGUUCGAUGACACGUACAGCAAACAGGUAAUUAAUGAGGGGGAGGAGCCAGAGAACUUCUUCUGGGUGGGGAUUGGUUCUCAGAAGGAGUAUGACGAAGAUGCAGAUUAUAUGAAAUACGCUCGGCUCUUCAGGUGUUCGAACGAGAAGGGUUAUUUCUCCGUGUCUGAGAAGUGCUCAGACUUCUGUCAGGACGACUUGGCCGAUGAUGACAUCAUGCUGCUGGACAACGGCAAAGAGGUGUACAUGUGGGUCGGUAAUCAGACCAGCCAGGUGGAGAUCAAACUUAGUCUCAAAGCCUGCCAGGUUUACAUCCAGCACAUGCGCUCUAAGGACACUGCACAGCCCAGAAAGCUGCGACUGGUGCGGAAGGGGAACGAGCCCCACUGCUUCUCGCGCUGCUUCCACGCCUGGGGAGCUUUCAAAACUACCCUAGCAUAGACAAACGCAUCCAUCAAAUGUAUUCGCUGCCAUGUCAUUUUCUACCAGUAAGAUGAUGAUGAUGAUGAUGAUGAUGAUGUCUAUGCCUAACCUAGCUUUACAUGAGCUCUGAUUCCCCCACCCCCCUCACGCUCAGCGCUGCUGUUCAACAGCCUCUUGACUAACUGCAAAAACAGAUUUAAGUUCAGCACAACAUCCCAAUGAGUGAGGUCCUUCUGGUCAAGAAGCUGUUGACUGUUUCCUGUCUUUUGGACAAACGGCUAAAUAUCACUUUUUUUCUACGAGCUUUUUUAGCAGUAAGUCUGAAUACUGUUGUUAAAUGAAAGAAGAGAAUUAUGUUUUGAGAUAAAAUAGGUCUAAGGUGUACAGAGGCUUUAUACAAACCCAAAGGGAGGGGUAAUGCCCUAACAUAUCAAUCUGUUCUGCUGCUUUCACGUGGCUCGUGCUGCAUGUUCAAUAGUUUUCCGUGGAUGAGGGUUGAGUGCACAUCACUGCAGGAGUCACUCCAUGCUUGGUGCCAUUUUACGCAGCUUAUUUGAAGCAGUUUAGGGCAGGUACAAGUUGAUUUUACAGUUUGUAUUUGUUUGUUUUCAUCAUUAAGGGACUGAAUAGAAAACAGCACUAUAAUUGUUGGAGGAAUGUUGGUUUAUACAUAAUUUUUGUUGUUGUGCGAACUAUACAUUGUAUGAUUGUGUGUUGGCCCCAUGCGCCUUCAUUGAAAUAGGGAUGGCCCCUUUCCCCAGAGUCUGAUUGGUCACUCUUCUCACCUCCUCUAACUUGUCCACAGAUCUAAGUGCAAAGUAAAACCUUUUUGUACGUUUCAACCCAAAAAAAAAUGACUUUCAUUUAAAGAUGCUUUGGACAGUCAUUUGUUAAACAGUUCAAUUUAUUUGGCCAAAGAAAUCUUGAGCAGAGGUCCGUGUCCAAGUUAUAGUGUGAGACAGAGCCUUGUGUUAUGUUUAAGGACAGAUGUUUAAAUGUGCAGUCAGUAGCGCCCGGGAGAUACUGAAACUAAAUAAAACUGUAUUCUUGAAUGUUACAGGCUGCAUUCAACUUGUCAACGUGUUUAAUAUUAUCUUGCUUUUCUGGAGCUGAGGGGACAAGAAAAGAUGAAGAGUUUCUUUCCAAGGUUUUUAUUCAAUGGGAGAUCUUUUGCAGCAUAUGAGAGACAUAUCUUAAUAAAUACAGUGAUUUCUGGUUUGUUGUAAGGUUAACGGAUGAUCGGUUUUAACAGAACUGCUGCACUGCUUCUUGUGAUUAUGAGACCUGUGUAGUGUGCAGGCAUUGGUCCAUGCAAGAUCUAUUUAUGUACCGUAUUCUCAAAUGGCUGUAACUACCAUCAUUUUGUUUCUUUAUACUUUAUUUUUGUGGGGUGAAUUGUAUGCCUGGUAGUGUGUUUGAGUCCUACACAUAUAUGAAUGGGUGUAUAUGAAUAUGUGCACAUGCUCCUGAUGCCACCUGCAGAUGCUUUAUUUAUGUAUUUUAUAUUAAAAUAAAAUCUCAGAUCACA